CGGCGAACUAGAGCAAUAAUAACACACGGCGGGUUAUGGGAGUCUAUCCUUGGGUCAUGGGGCAGUAAAUGUGUAUUGAUCGUUUGAGGCGGUCUUACUUUCCUUCAUAAAACCGCGGUGAAUGACCUUUCAUCAGCUGUUGCUGCAGCUGGAUCAGCGCUGUCUCCAGGUUUGGAUUUGACGGCAAGAAUGGCGAUCAAUAAGACGUUUAUAAGUGUUGGCUACUCGUGUGUUGGGAUGUUGGUGGGACUUUCGGCGUUUCUAGUGUGGAACAUCGCUUACAGACAGCCGUGGACAGCCGCGAUGGGUGGAUUAUCAGGAGUUUUGGCUCUAUGGGCUCUGGUCACACACUUGAUGUACCUUCAGGACUACUGGAGAACAUGGUUAAAGGGGCUGAAGUUUUUCCUGGUUAUGGGAGUCAUUUUCUCUGUGUUGUCCAUCGUAGCAUUCAUCUGUUUCCUCUGUGUCGCCGUCUCCCGCAAAGAAUCCCUCACAGAUCCCACCAGUCUGUACCUGUCAUGUGUGUGGAGCUUCAUGAGUUUAAAGUGGGCGUUCCUGCUUUCUCUCCAUUCUCAUCGAUAUCGCAAAGAAUUUGCAGACAUCUCCAUCCUCAGUGACUUUUAAAUGUACACACAAUUACAACAAUUCGUGCCCACAGACAAACAUGCAGCAGUUACCAUUUAUAAUGGAGCAGGACUACUCAAUGAGGAGAGCAAGGAAGCUUUAGUCUUUUCAGUGCAUCAGAAGAAGACAUCAGUGCACCACUUCUCUCUUCUUUCUACUACUUGUCUGUCCGGGCAGUCUAUUGUGGAUCAUGUUAGAUUUCAUCAUCAGUGAUUUUAAAUGUUUGGACUUUUUAAUAUGUUUGAUCAACAUUUCUGAGCAUUUUCUCUUUUCGGUAUGUAUGGUUUAUACUGUGCAUUUCUAAAUGAAGUAUCAAGUCUUGUCUUUCUCCUUGCUGCUGUUUUUCUGCUGUCUUACUAUGAUAAAUGGAAAAGUGACAGGUUUUUAUUAAGCUGGUGUAUGUAACUCAAAGGACGUUUUCUCCUGCUGUUGCAUAGUAUUUAGGUAACUUUCGAUUGAUUUUUAAAUAAGCACUUUAUUGUCUUUAAAAUGUGGUAUAACCAAUCACAAACCUUGUUCCUGUUGGAAUCUCGAGGCUUUACUGGCAAGGGAUAUGCUAUAUACUUGUUUAUACUUUCAUGACCCUAAAGCAUUAGAUAACAACAUCCAGCACACAUUUGAAGAAUUAUAUUUGUAGCAUUUUUUCCCCACAAGACAAACAUGGUUAGAGAUCUUAAGAUUUACCACCACCUGUUAUAUGACCGAGUGUUGGUUAGUAUAAAUCCAUUCAGAUAAUACAGCAUGCAUUUGUCUUGUUAUAUUAAGUUGAACUUUUUUAUAUUUACUCAAAAACAAUUAUACUGUCAGAAUGUGAUUAUUGCUUUUGCCUGACAUUUCCUGCACUUUUGUGAGCAUAGCCAUUGUAUUGUUAGAAAAAAAAAAUACUUUAUGUAAUUGUCAGUGAAACAUGAAUAAAAUAACCUGACACAUG